AUGGCGGACAACGCUACCAGCUACCGCAUCGGCUACGCUCUGGCGCCAAAAAAGAUCCAAAGCUUUAUCCAGCCAUCUCUCCUCAACACGGCCAGCGAGCGAGGAAUCGAACUCGUCCCGAUCCAACUCACCAAACCCUUGCUCGACCAACCCCCCUGCGACUGCAUAAUACACAAACUAUCCGACCCGGAGUGGAUCUACCAGCUCCAACUGUACCUCUCGCAGAACCCCAACGCCGUCGUCAUCGAUCGGCCCGCCGCAAUCGACCGCCUCCACAGCCGCGUCACCAUGCUCCAAGCCGUCGGCCAGCUCAAUCUACCCCCUCAGUUCUCGCUCGAGAUCCCCCGCCAGAUGCUCGUCGGAACUCCCGACUCAUCGCCCGCCGCCGCCUUUGAUUUUCCGGCGAUUGCGAAGCCAGUGGUGGCGGAUGGCAGCGCCGUCUCCCACCAGAUGUUCCUGGUUCUCGACGGGGACGGCCUCGAUGGUCUGAGUUCGAAGCUAGAAGCCCCGUUUGUGCUCCAGGAGUUUGUGAACCACGGAGGCGUGAUUUUCAAGGUCUAUGUGGCCGGAAAACACGUCCAGUGCGUGAAGAGGCCAUCUUUGCCCGACAUUUCCGAGGAGAAAUUGGGUUCGUCCGAAAAGUUGAUUCCCUUUUCGCAGAUAUCAAAUGCGACAUAUCAGGAUCAAAGUAACGAGAGUGUGGCUCGGGCAAUUGAGGCUGCUGAGCUGCCCCCAAUUGGUUUUGUGAACGAGGUUGCCAGUCAGCUUAGGGAGGCUUUGGGACUGAACCUCUUUAAUUUUGAUAUGAUAAGGGACAGUAGGGUUGAGGGCCGUUAUCUCGUGAUCGACAUAAAUUACUUCCCGGGUUAUGCGAAGAUGCCAUCUUACGAGAAGAUUUUGACCGAUUUUUUCCUUGACGUCUUGGAAAAUAAGGAGAGUGUGGCUUCGGAAGACCAUGGGCCCGUCUAG